CAGGCUGAACAAACUCCAACAGUCAUCUCUGUGCAACACAGUUCCAUCCGAGCAUUGAACCAAGCAAGAUGCACAACAACGAUCGGUACAUUUUCUACGGUGGACAACUGAAAUCCAACAUUCACUGUGGACGUACUUCGUUGGCAGAUUUGAUAAUUCAUCGACUGAAAAAUCAUGGGAACGAUGUGGCAUUUAUUGAUGCAGUUUCUGGCAAAACCAUUACGUUCCGACAAAUAUUGGAUAGUGCACUCAGAGUUGCUCACCGCAUGAAGCAGUACGACCUCGGUAGAAGAUCUAUCAUCGGCAUUAUGAGCGAGAAUCGUUUGGAGUACUCGAUCGCGGCAUUUGCCACCAUAUUUGUGGGAGCCAUAAUUAUACCCCUGAAUCCCAGCUAUACAACGACAGAACUGAAACAUGUGCUGAAUCUCAUCAGCCCUCAAAUGAUAUUCACAUCAUCAAAGGCUCACAGCACACUGAACUCAUUAAUGCCAGAAUACCCUUCCAUUAAGUUCAUCGUUUCGCUGGAUGACGUUCAAGUUGAACCUCGAGUCAAAUACUUCCAAGAGUUUCUGAAUAAUUCUAACAAUUCGAUGAUAAGCCCCGAUCCAGCAAUUCUCAAGAAUGAUGUCGCUGUGAUGGUCCUUUCGUCCGGUACCACUGGUUUGCCUAAAGCAGUUCAACUGACACAUUUCAACGUCAUGACCGUCGUUGCAUACAUGCGUGAAGACCCUCGAUACAAUGAUUUAUCUGUUCCGAUACGUCUGUUGGGACUGCUACCGUUCUACCACGUUUACGGUUUCAUGUUAAUGCUCAACGUCUGUUGUAACCGAUACUCAAUGGUGGUACUUCCUCGCUUUGAACCGGAUCUUCUCUUACGAAGUAUUCAAGAUUAUAAAGUGACGAUGGCAAAUUUGGUUCCUCCUUUGGUUGUAUUUCUUGCAAAGCAUCCCUCUAUCGAGCGGUACGACUUAAGUUCACUGAAAGCGAUUCUAUGUGGAGCGGCUCCACUUAGUAUGGAUAUAGAACUGCAAGUGGUCCGUCGAUUGCCGCAAAUCCAGAGCAUCCGUGUCGGUUAUGGAAUGAGUGAAGCAUCCCUGGGGGUAAUUUCAAAAACAAAUUCAAAACCAGGAACGGUCGGCAGAGUUCAUAAAACCAGUUGGGUGAAGGUAGUCGACACGGAACAUGGAAAAACGUUAGGACCUUACCAAAUCGGAGAAAUAUGCAUCAAAGGACCUCUGGUUAUGAAAGGAUAUUACAAGAACGAACAAGCAACUCGAGAAACGAUCGACGCAGAAGGAUGGUUGCAUAGUGGGGAUACGGGGUAUUUCGACGACGAAGGGGAUUUCUUCAUCGUGGAUCGAAUAAAGGACCUGAUCAAGUACAAAGGAUUCCAGGUGGCCCCAGCAGAAGUGGAGGAUGUUCUACUGGGUCAUCCGGGAAUCAAAGAUGCAGCGGUGGUGGGGAUCCCGGAUGAGGCCAGCGGUGAGCUUCCGACGGCAUUCGUAGUUCUUCAGGACGGUGCACGGUUGUCGGCGGUGGAGGUGCAAAGGCUCGUAGCUUCCAAGUUAUCACCUCAGAAACAUCUUCGUGGAGGUGUUUAUUUCGUACAAGAAAUUCCGAAGACCGGAAGCGGCAAGAUUCUUCGACGUGAAUUAAGAGAUAAGUUGGUCAAAAUCGAAAAGUCAAAGUUGUAACCCAAUACAAACGUUUAGGUAUAGGAGCUAAGGAGCGCAUAAUUAAAAUCAUAUAUGUACUGAAAUUAAAAAAUUAGAUCAAUUUAUAAUCGCA